AUGUUUCUUAAUCAAACUACGUACGAAGUUGAUUCACGACCAUAUGCAGUAGCAGUAGCCGAUGUGAACAACGACAAUAAAUCCGAUAUUGUUACUGCAAAUUUGGAUUCAAACACCGUCAGUGUUCUUCUCAACGCGGGCAACGGCACUUUUUCUCCUCCGACCAAUUACUCUGUUGGUUACGCUCCAGGAUCAGUAGCAAUAGCCGAUGUGAACGGCGACAAUAAACCCGAUAUUAUUACCGGAAAUGGCGCUUCAGCUACCGUCAGUGUUCUUCUGAAUAUAGGCAACAGCACUUUUUCUUCUCGAACUAACUACCAACUUGAUGCAUAUUCGCGAUUAGUAGCAGUAACCGAUGUAAAUAGUGACAAUAAACCCGAUAUUGUCAUCGCAAGUAGUGAUGCAAGGAUCCCCAUCAGUGUUAUUCUCAAUAUAGGCAACGGCACCUUUUAUCAGCAAGCUGCUUACGCAGUUGAUUUACAAAUAUUUGCAGUAGCUGCAGCCGAUGUGAAUAGUGACAAUAGACCCGAUAUUAUCACUGUAAAUGCAGCUUCAAAUACCACCAGUGUUCUUCUCAAUGGAGGCAAUGGCAUUUUUUAUCAUCAAGCUACUUACGCAGUUGGUUCCCAGCCAUUUGCAGUAGCUGCAGCCGAUGUGAACAACGACAACAAACCCGAUAUUGUUACUGCAAAUCAAGGUUCAAACACCACCAGUGUUCUUCUCAAUACAGGCAACGGUACUUUUUCUCCUCAAGUUACUUACCCAGUUGGUGCAAAUCCACAGUCAAUAGCAGUAGUCGAUGUGAACAGCGACAACAAACCCGAUAUUGUCGCUACAAAUGUGAAUUCAGACACCGUCAGUGUUCUGCUCAACACAGACAACGGCACUUUUUCUCCUCCAACUACUUACGCAGUUGGUGCACAUCCACUAUCAGUAGCAGUAGCCGAUGUAAACAGUGACAAUAAACCCGAUAUUGUCACUGCAAAUGAGCAUUCAAACACCAUUAGCGUUCUCCUACACUAUUAA